CGUGCUGGGAGGGGGAAAAGAGACGAAAAAGGUCGAUUAACCUGGCACAAAAAGCCGCUUAAUUUAGCAUCUAAAAUACGUGUGCUAUUAAUGGGUGGUAAAAGAGUUAAAACAAAAGAGAUCGCGUUGUGUGAGCAGCGGCUGCACGUCCAAUUUAUCUUCAGAGCCCAGUUAAGAAAUGCAGUCAUUACGCUCCACGGCCACCUCGAGGAAACAGAAGACCAAAGUUUGAUGAAAAGUUUCCUAACUGGGUCGGGAUCUGCAAGGCUCCCAAGUGGGCCAAACCGAUCAAACCACCACAGCCUCUGCGAGUUUUGCUGUAAAGAGGAGCCUUAUUCGCCGAACGCUCAGGAAUCGCGAAAUACCACAGUUUGCUGUCAUGAAUGAGGAACCUGCCACAAUUUGUUUCAAUGAAGAUGAUUAUUAUUGUCCUGUCUGCCAAGAUGUAUUCAAAACACCUGUCAGGAUUUCCAUUUGUCAACAUGUAUUUUGCAGGAAGUGUUUCUUAAUGGCUAUGAAAGAAGGUGGACCACACUGUCCAUUAUGUCGAGGCAUUGUAACCAGAAAAGAAAAAGCACGUCCCAACAGAGCCUUAGAUGUUGAAAACAACAUGAAGAAGUUGGUGGGGAGUUGUAGAUGCUGUGAAAAACAGAUUAGAUUCUCUCGUAUGAGACAGCAUUAUAAAUCAUGUAAGAGGUAUCAAGAUGAAUAUGGUGUUCCUUCUAUAAUUCCAAACUUAGACAUAUCUCAGGAUUCAUCGGGAAACAGUUUUGGGAGUGAUUCUUCUACUUCGGAAAUGGGAGAAAACUCUAAUCUACUUGUUCCUGAAGAACCUGAAAGUGAGCAGCCUACUUUUAAAUGCCCUCUAUGUCAAGAAAGUAACUUCACAAGGCAGACUCUAUUGGAUCAUUGUAAUGACAAGCAUCUUUAUCAAGUAGACCCAGCAAAUCUUCAAUUGGAUGAAGAAACUCUGUUUCAAAAUGCUGUUGAGGAAUCUUAUCAAGUGAACCUUUGAAGCUUCUAAUUUCCUUACAUCACUACUAUCUACAAGGGGGGAGAGAGAGUCAAGUCUGGUCUGAUGUUAAUAAAAAGGAACUCUGUAUCCAAUUCAGUAGCAAUUGUUUUCCCCUAGGCAAAAUUUCAUUUUAAAAUGCUUUAAAAACGUGUUACUAUAUUGUAGUAUAAAGUAUCUAUUUUCCAACUACUAAUAGAAAUAUUUCAAAUAUCUGGAGAAAAUAUCACUGCCUUUGAAAGAAAAAUUCUUUUUUUAUUUAAAUUAUUUGAUUUUACAGAACUCUUUUUUAUUUGCAUUAAAAUAAAUUGUAAUAUAUUAGAAUGCAGAAAAGGAGGAUAAUUACCCUUGUUUGAUUAGUUCCAUUUUCCUUGCAUACUUUGUAUUUUGAAGUAGAAGUUAAAAGCUAAAUGGUUUUAUUGUGAUCCAUAACUUACUGCAUGCAGGGAUUUUCUUAAUUGUUUUCAAAAGUCUCUUAAAUACAGAACCAUUUACUGAACCUUAUAAAUAGAAUGGCAGAAUUCACAGACUUAAAAACUAUGACUUGUUGAUCUAGAAAAAAAAUGAGAUUCUUUUCACCAAUACCUCUAUCACUAUGCUUUUCUAAAACUCUUUUUUUCCCCUAAGCAUUACUUUUAUAUGAAUAAUUUACAUUAGUUUAAGACCUGAAUAAUAUUCUUAGAGUGCAGCACAAUUUCCAUGAGAUGUUUAUUAGUGUUUUCCUUUUUUAAAAAAAAUAACACUUAGAAAUGUUAGAUAGUAGAUUUCUAAUACUUUGAAAAUGUUAUAUUAGUGAGACUGCUUUUAUAAUAUGAGAAUUUCAUUUAAAAAAAUGCAGUGUUAUCUUAGACCAGUAUUAAAUUGGGUUGAUUGUAAUGUUUAAGUUAACAAGGUAUUUCUACUAAUUGAAUCUAUUCUGAAACCAAGUAACUUUCUACUUGCUUUAAAAACUAGCUGGUAAACUAUCUUCAUCGUAGUAGUAUAAUUAUGGUAAGCAGCUUCAUUUUGUGUCCCUGUAUUAUUACUUUAUGUUUCUAUUAAGCCUUUGCUCUAUUUAUUUUCAUGGAAUAAAAGAGAACUUUAGAAUGCAGACAAUGGAAUCUCUGCAUGCAUGCUCAUGA